AUGGUGAAAGUCAAAAAACGUGAAAAGAAAAGUAAAGCUGAAGAUAAAUGCAAAAAGAAUAAAGGACGUAAAUACAAAGCUUCACAACGAACACUUCUUUUAUCACUACCGAAACUUCCAGUAAAGGCAAAAUAUGAUUAUGAGUACUUCAAAUCUUGGGACGUUAAGUUCAACAAUGGCAAAGGUUCAAGAUUCGAAAGACCAAGUAUCCGGGAUGAACCGUUCGAAUGUCCGCCGCGGACGAAAUCGAACCUACAAUAUCCUCGACCAGACAGGGUGGUUAAAAAAUAUAGGCCGCCAAAGAUGCGAAUUUCUAAUGUCUCUAGAAGUGCCCUCAAAGCGAAACCCAGCGAGAGGGUUGUUUCUUUGUCUGAUCCAAAAAUGGGACGAAUUUUGGAAGUGCGAAAAAGUUUCCAUGAAAUCAUGCCAGAACAGAACCGUAAAAACUUGGAUGAGUUAAUUCAGAAACAUCCUGAAAAAAUUACUUAUUAUAUGAAAUACGUAUAUGAGCCAAAAAAGAAACCAAGAGGAUGGACUAAGAAAGAUUGGAGAAAUCAUCAACCGUACAUAAAGAAAUUGGCAACUCCCAAACGUUGUAAGAAACCUCCGGAUACAAGGAUAAAAGCUCGCAGACCUUUGAGAAAACUAAUGCCUGGCAUCCUGUCCAUGAGUGAGCCUAAAUAUCGGUAUGAAAAACCACCGAUCAUAAGAUAUGGAUAUCCCCCACAAAAAGCAUUGCAUUACGAAAUUACUGAUCGUAUGCAACAAAUUGCAACACCUUUGCCUAAGAAAUAUGAUGAUACUCCAUAUGAUUACACAUACAUAUCGCCAAGUGCGCUUAAAUACAAACCAACUCCGAGAAUAUUAGAAAUGGCUCAAGCAAAGACCACAGCACAAGCACCUGAUGCGGACUUCAAAGAAAAUGCUUUCCAAGUUAGUCCGAAUGCACUAAAAUAUAAACCAUCAAAAAGAAUAUUGGAGAUGGCCCAGCCUAGAGGAAGCUGA